AUGGCAGGAAGAACACCCAACACGACAGCCGAGCUGACCGACGAAGGACUCAUUGCGAACGACCGCGUGGUGCUUGACUUUGCGAGCGCCAACGAGGAAGUUGAAGAAGAGGACGAGGCAGAAGAAGGCGGUGAACGACCGGCGAAACGCCAACGUCAGGAGAAGGACACGACCAAGGCAGUGGAGGUACCGCUCAAAGCGACAUUCGACCGCGUGGACAAGAUCAACAACACCAUCAUGCGAGUCACAGGGAACGACGACAGUGGCUUUUGCAUGUUCAACACGUCGUCGUCGUACCCCAUGAUGAUGGUGUACAAGAAAGAAAUUGCCGCGUCGCGCAAGCUCCUGAAGGCCAAGAAACCUCAAGAUGCGUUUUGUAUCGCCAUGGCGGCGUAUUUGAGCAUGCAGGAUUACGACGUAUGGUACCACGACACGGAAGACCCUCGUACCGUGGAGCUGUUGUUUACGGCGUACUACAAGCUGUGGAACGACAUCUUCAAGUCUGACGACACCACGCUUGGACUCAAAGGACGCGAGGCGUUGAUCCAUGAGCUGAGCAAGUUUGGCAAUGGCGCCAAGGAUGACCUUGAGUACAACUUUCCAUGGUUUUUCAAGGCGUAG